AUGUUACAAGGUUCCUCUUCUAAAGUUGAAGUGGAAUUGAUCAGCGCCAUGAAACCGACUCAUACUGGUAAGCUCCCAAUGGAUAUCUGGUAUCUUUUAACAAAGAAAUAUCAUAUUGAUCCAAAAUUGUUAAUGAGAAUCAAUAAUACAUUUUAUCAAGCAUUCGCUCCAGAUAUUUAUAAAGAUUUCAAAGAUUUACAAAUAUUAUUGGUUGCUAGUAAUACAAAGAAGAUGAGAGAAAGUGAUGCUUGUUUCUUAAAAUAUGGUCCUGAUUUCCCACAUAAACCUUAUGAAAGUUAUAAAAUAUAUGAAAGACAUAAACAAAGUGCACAUUAUGAAUAUGAAUUAUUAGAUGUGAGAUCUAAAAAGGAUUAUUCUAAUUAUAAAAGUCGACCUGCGAAAAUUAUAACUGAUCCAAAUAAGAUAAAGUUUCUUUUUGAAACCAUUUUAACAAAUCCAAAGUCUUUAUUGAAAGCUACAAUCAAGCAUUUAACUGUCGAUGUUUCAUUGUUGUAUGGCUAUUAUGAUAUUGUUCAUUCAAAAAAAUCUUUAGCUAAAAAAGCUUUGAAAAAAGCUGGUAGAAAAAUAUCAGUAAAGAAACUAAAUGUUGAACUACAACCAUUUAUUACUGCAGAACUUUAUGAUAGCUUCGAUGAGGAUAGAUGGGGUGAAAAUAUUAAUGUACAAUCUAGUUUUAGUAGAUUUGAAAAGACUCAAGCUGGUAUAGUUUCAAAUAACAAAUUUCCCAAAAAUGUUUACUUCAAAGAAAUGCUUCAUCUCUCCCCAGUUUUUGAUUAUUACUACAAUGAUUUAAGAGCCAGUAUGAGAAAAAUAACAAAUUUUGAUGAUCUCAGGUAUUUGCAGAAUCCAUUUGUGGAUUUUCCCUGUAGGUUUGGGAGUUUGGAAUCUAAAUAUUUGAUUAGAAAAAAAGGGGACAGCUAUAUUAAGAAAAUUCUCGAGCAUACUACCAUAAUUACCCAUGAAAUUGAGAUAUACAAUAGACAGUUUAUUAAAUCCAAUGAUUUCAAUCUGUUGAUAUCAAAGAUUGUGGAAACCAUGUCUUCUGAAGUGACUUGUCAAGAUAUUGAUACAUCUCUCUUGAUUAUAGGAGAUAAGGAAGAUAGUAAUACAGAUGGGCAAGCUUUCUCAAUGUCAUCUGAGAGCUUGGGCGAUAUUGUGGAGCUUAAACCUGUGGUUACGCUUGUGAAUAAGCCAGCCAAAAGAUGA